CCUUUUGGGGUACUAAGAUUAGGUACAAACAAGAUAUAUGAGAAAGUAUGUCAAAUUAGCAUGCAAGCACAAAAGUUUGCCAUUUUUUUGUUUAGCUGAUUAAACAUAUUAUUGUGGGUAUACGGCAUAGAGAUGAAAACCAAAACAUAAGGCAACCUUUUUCAGGAAAGGGGAGUUCCAGAUCGAGAGAGAGAGAGACUAAAAAGAUGGGAAGAGGGAGGGUUGAACUGAAGAGGAUAGAGAACAAAAUUAACAGGCAAGUCACAUUUGCUAAGAGGAGAAAUGGGUUGCUCAAGAAGGCUUAUGAGCUCUCAGUACUUUGUGAUGCUGAGGUUGCCCUCAUCAUCUUCUCUAACCGUGGCAAGCUUUAUGAGUUCAGCAGCACCUCAAGUAUGAUGAAAACACUGGAGAAGUACCAGAAGUACAGUUACAGUGCACUGGAGACCACCAGACCAAUCAACGACACUCAGAACUACCAGGAAUAUUUGAGAUUAAAAGCAAGGGUAGAAGUCUUGCAACGCUCGCAAAGGAACCUACUCGGGGAAGAUCUUGCCCAAAUGAAUACAUCUGAGCUCGAGCAGCUUGAGAAUCAACUGGAGUCAGCACUCAGAAAUAUUAGGUCAACAAAGACUCAAUUCAUGCUUGACCAGCUUGCUGAUCUUCAUCACCGGGAAACUAUGCUUGUUGAAACUAAUAAUGUAUUAAGGAACAAGUUGGAAGAAACUAAUAACUCACAAGUUCCAGUAAGUGUGGGUUUGGAGGCAGGAGCAGGAGGACCUAACAUCCACUACACCAACUUUCCACCUCAAUCAGAUGGGUUCUUCCAGCCACUGGGAGUGAAUCCCAACUUGCAAAUUGGAUACAAUCAGAGUGGUCCUGAGGAUGCAAACGUUGGAGCUUCAUCAUUAAGUAUGCAUGGAUUCGCCUCUGGGUGGAUGCUUUGAUGACUGAAUUUACAUGCCAUAGUGACCAAAAAGAAAAAAAAAAGGUCAUGGAUGUGUUCCACACAUUCGUAAUAUAUAUGUUUUCGUUUCGUUAUGUUAUGCAUUAUUUAUCAAUGUUUAAAUAAAUAAAAAUGCAGGUAGUAUUGUUAUAAAAAAUUAUGAACCCAAAACGCUGUAUAUUUGUAUUGAAGUUAAAACUUUAAGCUUUUGAGCAUGA